AUAAAUAAAAACGCAUGCCAUUUCGCCCUUCACACAGCAUAUCAAUAAUUUCAUUUGCAAAAUCAAAUUUCUAGGGUUUCGAUAAUCUCUGAAUCAGCCCCUUAUUAUCUGAGUUUCGUUUUCGAAUCUAAGAUCAACAAGGAGCCUCAUAUUAUUGUUUCGAAAUUCAAGAUUUGUAUUUGAAAGAUUGAAUGUUCUAAUGGAAUCAAAAGGUGGGAAAAAGAAGUCUAGUAGUAGUAGUAGUAAAUCCUUAUUCUACGAAGCUCCCCUUGGAUACAGCAUUGAAGACAUUCGACCAAACGGUGGCAUCAAGAAGUUCAGAUCUGCUGCUUACUCCAACUGCGCUCGCAAACCAUCCUGAUAUCGUCUUACUCAAUUAGGCUACCCGACCACAUUAAGUGGUUUAUUAAUUUUAAUUUUCUGCAUUUAGUUAUUAGUUUUAUUUUUCAACAAUUUCUCUUCCUGUUCUCGUUCCUCUUCCUCUCUCUCUCCGCGACUGUGACAUCUUCAGCUGCUGCAUCUUUUGGCUGUGCUUUAUUCAAAACACUUUACUACUGUGACCAUGGCUGCCUCUGCAAUUGGUUUUGAAGGUUAUGAGAAAAGACUAGAAAUAUCAUUUUUUGAGCUUGGCAUGUUUGUUGACCCUGAAGGAAAGGGCCUUCGCGCUCUGUCGAAGGCUCAGUUGGAUGAGAUUCUCGGGCCAGCUGAGUGCACUAUUGUUGAUUCAUUGUCAAAUGAUGAUGUAGACUCCUAUGUCCUUUCUGAGUCUAGCCUCUUUGUGCAUUCGUACAAGAUCAUCAUUAAAACCUGUGGGACUACUAAGCUGCUUUAUGCUAUCCCACCAAUCUUGAAGCUAGCUGAAACCCUAUCUCUGAAAGUAAAAUCUGUGAGGUACACUCGAGGGAGCUUCAUUUUCCCUGGAGCUCAAUCAUUUCCUCAUCGCAGUUUCUCUGAAGAAGUUGCUGUCUUAGAUGGUCAUUUUGGGAAGCUUAGUGCAGGCAGUACAGCUUAUAUUAUGGGUGGGUUCGACAGCCCGCAGAAAUGGCAUGUUUACUCUGCAUCUGCAGAAUGUACUAUCACAUCUGACCCUGUCUACACUGUUGAAAUGUGUAUGACCGAUUUGGACCGGGAAAAGGCUUCAAUUUUCUACAAGAACAAAUCAGCUUCUGCCGCUGCCAUGACUGUUGAUUCUGGCAUAAGAAAGAUUCUCCCAAACUCAAAGAUCUGUGAUUUUGAAUUUGAUCCAUGUGGAUAUUCUAUGAAUGCUAUUGAAGGUGCUGCUAUUUCUACAAUCCACAUUACCCCUGAAGAUGGUUUCAGCUAUGCUAGCUUUGAAAUGGUUGGAUAUAAUCCAAAAGAAGUGAACCUGAGCCAACUGGUUCGCAGGGUGUUGUCAUGUUUUAAACCGAGUCAGUUCUCUAUUGCUGUUCAUGCUGAUGUUGCAGGUCAACGACUAGUGCAGACUUGUUCACUGGAUGUUAAGGGAUACUGUCGCGGAGAGAGUAGCUUUGAAGAGCUUGGAAUGGGUGGUUCCAUCGUCUACCAGAAGUUUGAUAUGACUACUGGAGACAUCGGCUCUCCUAGGUCAACUCUUAAAUGCUGCUGGAAAGAGGACGAAUCGGAAGAUGAUUAUUAGUUCCUUUACUCUAUUUUCGUUGCAUGUCAAAAUAAAAAUAACUGCUGUCUGGUUAGCCUGACAGCAGAAGUGUCAUUGUGUUGUUUUUUUUAUUUGUCUGUCUGUUUUUGAUUACCGUUAUCAACUUUUGUUAUGUUUGAUUGUAUUUGCUCCGAGUUUAUGAAAGUUUGUUGUUAAAGAUGGCAUAA